ACCAUGAGUGGCAACAACCCGGAGCUGUUCUCACCCUCUCAGAAGUACCAGCUUCUUGUGUACCAUGCAGACUCUCUGUUUCAUGACAAAGAAUAUAGAAAUGCUGUCAGUAAGUAUACAAUGGCCUUGCAGCAGAAAAAAGCCUUAAGUAAAACUUCCAAAGUAAGACCUUCUACUGGGAAUGCUGCAUCAACUCCCCAGAGCCAGUGUUUACCAUCAGAAAUUGAAGUGAAAUACAAAAUGGCUGAGUGUUACACAAUGCUGAAGCAAGAUAAAGAUGCCAUUGCUAUCCUGGAUGGGAUUCCUUCCAGGCAGAGGACCCCAAAGAUCAAUAUGAUGUUGGCAAACCUCUACAAGAAAGCUGGCCAGGAGCGCUCGUCUGUCACCAGCUACAAAGAGGUCCUGAGGCAGUGCCCUUUGGCUCUGGAUGCCAUCCUAGGUUUGCUCUCACUGUCGGUGAAAGGAGCAGAAGUGGCCUCCAUGACCAUCAACGUAAUCCAGAGCAUUCCCAACUUGGACUGGCUUUCUGUGUGGAUCAAGGCAUAUGCCUUUGUGCACACUGGAGAUAACACAAGAGCUAUAAACACCAUUUGCUCUCUGGAGAAGAAGUCAUUGCUAAGGGACAAUGUGGACUUGCUGGGGAGCUUAGCAGAUCUGUACUUCAGAGCUGGAGAUAAUAAAAACUCAAUUCUGAAAUUUGAACAGGCACAAAUGUUGGAUCCUUACCUCAUAAAAGGGAUGGAUGUGUAUGGGUAUUUAUUGGCCCGUGAGGGGCGGCUGGAGGAUGUGGAGAACUUGGGAUGUCGUCUCUUCAACAUUUCUGACCAGCAUGCAGAACCCUGGGUGGUGUCUGGGUGUCACAGUUUCUACAGCAAACGCUACUCCCGUGCCUUGUACCUGGGAGCCAAAGCCAUUCAGCUCAACAGCAACAGUGUGCAGGCUCUGCUGCUCAAGGGAGCGGCUCUGAGGAACAUGGGCCGCGUGCAGGAGGCAAUAAUCCACUUCCGCGAGGCCAUCCGGCUCGCCCCCUGCCGCCUAGACUGCUAUGAAGGCCUCAUUGAGUGUUACUUGGCAUCCAACAGCAUCCGAGAGGCAAUGGUGAUGGCAAACAAUGUGUACAAAACCCUGGGAGCAAAUGCACAGACACUCACUCUGCUGGCAACAGUCUGUCUGGAGGACCCAGUCACGCAGGAAAAGGCAAAAACCUUACUGGACAAAGCACUAACACAAAGACCUGAUUACCUUAAAGCUGUGGUAAAGAAAGCAGAACUUCUUAGUAGAGAGCAGAAGUAUGAAGAUGGAAUUGCUUUGCUGAGGAAUGCACUGGCUAACCAGAGUGACUGUGUUCUGCACCGGAUCCUGGGAGACUUCCUUGUGGCUGUCAAUGAGUACCAGGAGGCAAUGGACCAGUACAGCAUAGCCCUGAGUUUGGAUCCUAAUGAUCAGAAGUCACUAGAAGGAAUGCAGAAGAUGGAAAAAGAGGAAAGUCCAACAGAUGCCACCCAGGAAGAAGAUGUGGAUGACAUGGAGGGAAGUGGAGAAGAAGGGGACUUGGAAGGCAGUGACAGUGAAGCAGCUCAGUGGGCAGAUCAAGAGCAGUGGUUUGGGAUGCAGUAA